CAGAAGUCGCCGGCCGUGUGCGUAGUUGGAGCACGUGGUAACGUCGCUCAGAUGCUGGAUCAAAACUUUAUAAAAGGCCCUCGCUGAGCGGUAGACCCAUCGCGCGACGAAAAAGCUUGAUACGUCCCGGUUUCAACAAAGCAAAUCACAAUGGCUCACCCGAAAAAAGUUGGAGAUUAUGAACUUGGAAAACUUAUCAUUGAGGGUAAAACCAAACAAGUUUUUGAAUUGGUCAAAUACCCCGAACAUUGCCUGCUCCUGAACAAAGAUAGAAUCACAGCUGGGGAUGGCGUUAAGGCUCAUGACUUGGAAGGAAAGGCGGCUAUAUCCAACCAAACCAACGCUAAGGUCUUUGAAAUCUUGAAGGCAGCCGGUAUCAAAACUGCUUUCGAAAAGAUCGCUUCACCAACUGCAUUCGUUUCAAAGAAAUGCGAAAUGGUUCCGAUUGAAUGGGUGACUCGUCGUCUAGCAACUGGUUCAUUUCUGAAGAGAAACCCUGGAGUCCCGGAAGGAUUCCGUUUCACACCGCCUAAACAGGAGACAUUCUUCAAAGACGAUGCCAACCAUGACCCACAAUGGUCUGAGGAGCAAAUCGUUUGUGCUAAGUUCAAAAUUAACGGUCUUGAGAUUGGUCAAGAUGAGGUCGAUUACAUGAGAAAGGCCACUAUCCUAGUUUUUGAAAUUUUGGAAAAGGCAUGGGCACUUCGUGACUGCGCGCUUAUUGACAUGAAGAUUGAAUUUGGUGUAGACAAUAAAGGAAAUAUCUUGCUUGCUGAUGUUAUCGACUCUGAUUCCUGGAGACUUUGGCCUUCUGGUGACAAGAGGUUGAUGGUUGACAAACAGGUGUAUAGGAACUUAACUACAGUGACCGCAGCCGAUCUAGACACCGUGAAGCGUAACUUUGAUUGGGUAAAAGAUCAACUCGACCACUUGAAGCCGACCAUCCAUCACAAAGUGGUCGUGUUCAUGGGCUCACCAGCAGAUCAGGAACAUUGCCAAAAAAUCGCUAAAGCUGCUCGUGAUCUGGGGCUGGACGUUGAUUUGCGUGUCACCUCCGCUCACAAGGCUACCGAAGAAACUCUUCGUAUUAUGCAACAAUAUGAGGACACCCAUGGAGCUCUGGUGUUCAUAGCUGUAGCUGGUCGGUCAAACGGACUGGGGCCAGUCUUGUCUGGAAACACCUCUUACCCAGUCAUUAACUGCCCACCUCCUUCAGACAAGCUAGUCCAGGACAUCUGGUCAUCACUGUCGGUUCCAUCCGGAUUAGGCUGCGCUACCGUAAUCUACCCAGACAGCGCUGCCCUCAUGGCUGCUCAAAUAAUCGGACUCCAAGACUACCUCGUCUGGGGAAGACUUCGCUCGAAACAGCUCGAUAUGGCCACUUCUCUGAGACAAGCUGACAAGCAAACGAAAAAAUUAUAAAUUAAAAACAAAUGUUUCCUAUUUUUACUAUAAAUAUUUUUAACAUUGUUUUGUAUACGUAACAGUACAGUAUUUUCAGAAUUAACUUUUAGAAAUUCAACUCGAAAAGUUUGUAAAGAUUUAAAAUGAGAUCACACCGCGGUAUGUUUUAUUUACUAGGUACGUUAUGCAUUUAAAAAUGUAUUCAUAAAACAUUCAGUUACAUUCCAAGAAUAAAGUUGUUUUUAUUAAUCAUUA